AUGGGAAAGAAGAAACCAGAUGAGGCUGGAAAUAAUAUGAAGGCCAAGUCGAGCACUAAAGAAAAGCUCUCAGUCUCUGCAAUGCUUGCCAGCAUGGACCAGAAGCCUGAUAAAUCAAAAAAAGGAUCUUCUAUGUCAAGCUCGACUUCUAACAAGCCCAAAUCAAAAGCACCUCCAAAACCAUCAUCUUAUACUGAUGAUAUUGAUCUCCCUCCUUCUGAUGAUGAAGAUGAUGUUGAGGAAGAGCAACAACAGAAUGAGGUCCUCAAACAGCCAAGCAGGCGUACUAGAAGUGAUGGAAAGCCUCUUGAAAUUGCCGAGGCCCUCAAGGAUGAUCGUGAUGCUUUUACUGUUGUAAUUGGUAGCCGGACUUCUAUUCUUGAUGGACAAGAUGACGCCGAUGCUAAUGUCAAAGAUAUAACAAUUGAUAACUUCUCUGUGGCUGCUCGUGGCAAAGAACUCUUGAAGAAUGCAUCUGUGAAGAUAUCUCUUGGAAAGAGGUAUGGAUUGGUUGGACCAAAUGGGAUGGGUAAGUCUACCCUAUCGAAACUCCUUGCUUGGAGAAAGAUACCCGUUCCUAAAAACAUAGAUGUACUUUUGGUUGAACAGGAGGUCGUCGGUGAUGAUAGAACAGCACUUCAAGCAGUUGUUUCAGCCAAUGAAGAACUUGUCAAGAUUCGACAAGAGGUUGCAUCCUUGCAGAAUAUAUCUGCUGACACCAAUGAAGAUAAUGAAGAUGAUGAUCGCGAUGGGGAUGACGUGGGUGAGAAGCUUGCUGAAUUGUACGAAAAGUUGCAGCUGCUGGGGUCGGAUGCUGCAGAGGCUCAGGCUUCUAAAAUUCUUGCUGGAUUGGGUUUCACUAUGCAGAUGCAGGGCUGUGCUACCAAGUCCUUCAGUGGUGGUUGGAGGAUGAGAAUUUCUUUGGCCAGGGCACUUUUUGUUCAGCCAACUCUUUUGUUGCUGGAUGAACCCACCAAUCAUCUUGACCUCAGAGCUGUUCUCUGGUUGGAAGAGUACUUGACCCGGUGGAAGAAAACCCUUGUUGUUGUUUCGCACGAUCGGGAUUUUCUUAAUACAGUUUGCAAUGAAAUUAUUCAUCUCCACGACUUGAAAUUACAUUUCUAUCGUGGAAAUUUCGACGAUUUUGAAAGUGGAUAUGAGCAGCGUCGUAAAGAGAUGAACAAAAAGUUUGAGAUUUAUGACAAGCAGGUAAAAGCUGCGAGGAGGUCUGGUAAUCGUGCUCAGCAGGAGAAGGUCAAGGAUCGAGCAAAAUUUGCUGCUGCGCAGCAUCUAAGAACAAGUCUAAGGGAAAGGUUGAUGAGGAUGAGCCUUUAUCCGAAGCGAGAGGAUUUUAAGCUCUCCAACGUUGAUGUUGGCAUUGAUAUGGGGACUCGUGUUGCUAUUGUUGGGCCUAAUGGAGCAAGCAGGAGGCAGUUCGUGCAAAGCUCGGAAAACGAGCCAACAAAUCAUUUGGAUAUGCAGAGCAUUGAUGCACUGGCAGAUGCACUUGAUGAGUUCACUGGGGGAGCUGUCCUGUCUGCAGCAUGGGCGAGAGGAAGCGGUAAAUUUGCUAAAAGUGGCUUCGAUAACAAAAAAAUUAACAGCAAAAUAAUGGCGUCAAUGGCUGGCACGUCUCAAUUCACCAUUGGAGGAUUCAAUUCUCUUUCUCUAUCCUCUACUCAGUCUCUUCAAAAUCGAAUUCUCACUCUUUCCCAGCUUCCCUAUUGUGUUUCAAAUUUCACGCGCCACCGCAAUGCUGGCGGCGAAAGAAUGUCCGGCAAAGCCCUAUCGAGAUAUUGUGGGUGUACUAAGAUUCGGGCUAUGUCAUCCGGUUCGUUCGGAUCCCGAUUGGAGGAAAGUGUGAAGAAGAUUGUCACUGAGAACCCAGUUGUUGUUUACUCCAAAACUUGGUGCUCGUACUCUUCGGAGGUAAAAUCAUUGUUUAAGAGGCUUGGCGCGGAGCCGCUUGUUAUUGAAUUGGACCAAAUGGGUCCCCAAGGACGACAACUGCAGAAGACUCUGGAGAGGCUUACUGGACAACAUACUGUUCCAAAUGUUUUUAUUGGUGGGAAACACAUUGGUGGUUGCACAGAUACUGUCAAAUUACACCGUAAAGGAGAACUUCGAUUGCUGCUAUCAGAAGCUGGAGCCACUAAGAUGCAGAGCUAG